AUUCGCAAAGUCGGGCAUUUUCAUCAGUCUCGUUCUUCGCUGAUGGUGUGAAAUUUCGUCGUCUUUUUGUCCGUAAACUAAACUGAGAUUUUAAGAGAGUAUUCAAAAUGUACACUGCGGCCACUUUGGUGUAGUUAGUGGAUGAAGGAGGAAGGAAAUUAUCAGCUUUAGUGUAUGCGGUUCGAUUAAAAAGUGUUAGCAGCAAAGAAUCAAAAUUUAAUGUUUUGAGGAAAAAAUAGUUGCCCAUAAAAAAAUUAUCCGGUCGUGCUAGAAGCAAACGGAUUAUCGUGCUAAAAAUAGGCGUCAUCGCGUCCGCGACAUAUAAUCCCAAAUAAUAAAUUGUUGUACGAGGUGCAACUGGUGUAAAAGGUGUUUCCUAGCGUUGUAGAUGCUUUACUGCAGCAGCUGAAACAGCUGAGAAAACCAGCCCCACAAAAGAAGAAAAACGAGUGUAAAUUAUUAAGCGCACUGCAGCAGCCCGAAUAAAGGGAGAAAGUGCCCAAAAUACGGAGGAGAGUACUCAGUUUUGCUCGUCAGUGUAAAGAUAAGUUAGGAACAAGGAAGAUACCGUGUAUUUACUGUCCGGUGCAGUGAAUUUCUGGAAACGACGAUGGAUGAGCUAUCCGAAGCGGAGUUGCGUUACUACAAUGACCUGUUCAAGAUCUGCAGCGAAUCGUCGGACAGUAGUGGAAAGAUUCCGGCUCUGAAGGCGACUUCACUGUUCAGGUCGGCCAAUCUGUCCAACGAAGUUAUCAACAAGAUAACUUCUCUGGUUGGUAUUCCACAAACCGCACUUCACCUAUCUCGACAACAGUUCUACGGAUGCCUAAAGUUAAUAGCGGCCUAUCAAGCGUCGGUGCCACUGCGAGAAGAGAUACUGACGUCCACGAUGAAUCUUCCUCUGCCUCAGUUCAGCUGGAUAGACUCACCGACCGGUUUUCCGCCCUCUGUCGGUGGGUCAUCUUCAUCCGGCAUCAUCAAUGUCACCAGUGCUAUGACCGAACGGAAUGGAUACGUAGGCGGGCCGAUUAAAAAUAGUAGAGAUCUCAUCGAGCUGACGGCUGCUAGCAGCAGUAGCAGUCGGGAACGGGUGGAUAUGGUCUCGAACAGUGGUGAUAUAACCAAUUCGGAUCAACCAAGUACGGAUUCUGAGGUGGAACACAAUGACGAUACGAUGCUACGGUCAGCCGAACGCCAUCACGUGGUCGGAGUGAAAGGCCAUAAAGGAGUAAAAUUGAUAGGGGGAGCCGCCGGCGGAACCAGCAGUGGCGUUGGCGGAUCUCCGGAAGCAUGGAGCACUGCUAGUGAUAGCCCUACGCCAACCAAUAGUGUGGCGGAACGGCCUUGGGCCAAUCAGAAUCUUUGGCAGGGAUUGGUCUGCGAAGAACAACGGCAACUAUUAGGUACGGAAGAAGAAUCUUCCGAUCGUCACAGUAGUGAUGAAGAUCAGGAAGUUGAUCUUGAAUAUUUUUACCAGAUUUCUCAGACGCAGAAAGAUUACUACCUGAAACAAUUUCGUACAAUACAGCCAGAUAUCCAUGGGUUGGUUAGUGGACAAUUAGCGAGGGUAUUUUUUGAAAAAUCUCGUAUUCCUAUCGAAGAACUUCGCCACAUUUGGCAGAUGUGUGAUGUUACACGCGAUGGGGCGUUGAACCUAGCCGAAUUUACUGCCGCCAUGCACCUGGUGGUGCUGCGACGGAACAAUAUCCCCGUCCCUACUUCGCUUCCACCUUGUUUGAUGCCCAGCCUGUUGCAACAUUCAUUGUUCUCCGCAAAUGCUAGUGGAGCACUCCAGAAUCAGCACAGUGGUGGUUCGACAGGAGGUGCUAGUACGGGGAGUGCAGCCGUAACGGAAACUGGCAAUAGUGCCCGGGAAAGAACCGGUCCGGAGGAAGCAGAUUUGCUGCAUCUCGAAAGCGAUGAUAAUACCGAUAGUGGCAGUAGGGCCAACAUCGACAUAAAAGAUUAUCAACGUAUUAUUUCUCAUACUGAGCCAUUGAAGCUCGGUCAUUCGGUUGCGAAUAACAACGCCGUGACAGCUACUUUAGUCACGGUUGGUGGAUCGGAUAGUCCUCCAACGGUAUCUUCUACAACUGGCUGCUCGAAGAUAAUCAACACGACUAGUGGCAGGAAGACGCCCACGAAUCUGGCAUCUUCUCCUCACAAUUCCCAGAAGUCGAAGCCCUCGAACGAACAACCGAUUACACCUCCAAAUACGUUAAAUAAUAAUAAGGAUUGGAAUUCGGCUAGCAAAGAGUGGACCAAAUUCACCGAAUCUCCUACUUCAAAUGUUUCUAGUCCCGGACCGAAGCCGGUCAAUUUCGAUAUGCAGCGUACAACACAGGCAAUAGUGUCUGAUCCUCAAAUUCUACAUCCAGUGCCACUACGAGUUACACCCGUUGGCGCCGAAGCAGCUGACAAUAGCAAUCUAGUCUACAGUGACGUAACCGUCGGGAGUGGCGGUAUAUUGAUAGUUCAACGGGAUGAUUCCAGCCCAAAGCAGCUGCAAGCACAAAGCGUACAACAACAACAACAACAACAACAAACGCAGCCGCUGCCGCCACAUUCAAUUCAGAGGGAUUCCUUGACAAGUGGUGAUCUUCGAGCCAUUCAGCGACCCCAACCGAAGAAGCCUCCCUCCAAAGGUGUCGGAGCAAUACCACCACCACCGCAGCGGGAACCUAGCAUUACGUCUUCGUCCGGUGUGGCAGGCGUUGAUUCGAUGGCUACUUCGCUCGAUACGGCCACGUUCAACAGUGUCAUCAACAGUACAGCUGGUCAUCCAGUUACCAGUACCGUUACAAACAGUGCCAGUAAAAAGGACCAACCUCCUCCGCCAUUGCCACCACCACGGCCAUCGCAGCAUCGACACACCCGUAGUAGUAGCUUAGAUCUGAACAAACUAAAAAUGAACACCAGCAGUGGAAGCGCGUCUCUGACCAAACAGCAGAUAGAGGACCAAAUGCGCAUGCCACCACCGCCGGAGGUUCCACCGCGCGUCACACCAACGGCCGAAAAUUCUGCUGCACCUGGAUUUGCUGAUUUUGCACAUUUCCCGAAUGCACCAACCGCGGGCGGAGCAAGAAAAGUUUCCGCCGAAAACAACGUCACGACCAUCCACUUAGACGCCAGCGGUAACAUGACCACGGCUCAUCAGCAAACAACUCCGCGGGGUAGUCUUUCCAGUUCUUGGUUUAUCGUCAGUGGUCCUAGCGCUUUCGAGGUCUACCGAAAACCACCGCAGCAGCACCACUCGCGUGGAUCCCAGUCCCCGCCACAACCGCCUCCACCGUUGGUGGCAUCACGGAGUGUCGAAUCGUCCUCGCUGGAUUACGAGAAGCGCAUUUCGGCCCUCAGUGAUAAUCUACGACAGGUGCGAUUUAAAAAUGCCGAAGUUGCCAAUGGUCCGGAUGUGUUGAAACAUCUCAAAGAACAGAAUCUGCUACUUCUGCGGAUAUGCGGCGACCUAAGUGAGGAGCUAUUGCAGAUACAGCAGAAGCGCGAAGAUAUACGGAUAAAGAUAGAACUACAGGAACAGAAUCUAGGAGCUAGUGGGGCAACUGUUGGCAGCGGGGGUCCACAAGUUGCAGGCAGCAAUGUUGGACCUUCUAUACAUCUAGUAUGAGAUCAUCAUCGUUGAUAAUUGUUCGUAGGUAAGCCGAAUGUGAACCAUUGGUGUAAUUAUUGUAAUUGAUUGUACUGUUGAGAGACACAAAUUUUUAUUUGAUGCUGGAUGCUGUUUCCUGAAGAAAAAAAAAUCAAUCGCUUCGUAGCAAAUGAACUGCGUACCCAUACAACUCGAGUAAGGCAGAAUUUUUUUAAUCAUUGUUAGAAAAAACAUACAAUUGUAAAAAAGGAUAAUAACGAAAAUUUUAAAAUCGACUCACAGAGAAAGAUUUUGCAACAAAUAACGUAACGAAGUGGGCUAUAAGCAAAGUUAUAAAGUCAUUCGUAUUGGAUAGGAGGUGAGCUAAAGCAGAACACGUGUUAUGUGUGCGUAACUGAACGGGGACUCAUAGACAAUGUGUUUUAUUGCGUGGAAAUAUUUGUUUUAUAUCUGAUUAUAUUUAAGAACGAAGAUAUAUAUUACAUUUUAUGAGUAUAAAUAUGAAAGUAUAAUAUGUUCGAAGAAAUCUUACAAAACUUGUACGCUCGAUCCUACGCAUUUGUCUGAUGUAAACAAUUGGUUGAUCUAUUUGUACGAUAUAGAAUAUAUAAAUACAAAAAGCUAGCAACUCAUUGUUGCAGGGAAAACCUUGUCGCCACUUGUGAGCUUUUCAGCAUUUCUAAUUUCCUUCGUUCAAAUGAUAAAAAGCUGUUCCAGAAUGUUGGUAAGUAUUGUUAGGUCUCAUACUAAGUGAGUUUUAAUGUUGUCUGCAAAGUAUAGAGAAAUUGUUAUGCAAUUCGCAGCUGCAUAACCUAAUUUCCGUAUGUCACCAGUUUUCCAAGAUACACACAUUAAUGCACUAAUUCUACGAUCUAACAUCAACAUUGAUACAACGCUGUCCACCUUACUUUGAGUUUAGUUUAGUUUGUAGAUGGUGCUGAUGGGCUUGAUAAAGCUGUUUGUUGAGCCGCUUAUACUGUUUGUUAACGAGGUUGUACUUCCUCUUGGAUGUAUCCGUUCGAAAUUUACAAAAUGUCUUCAAGGCAGCUCGUUUGGAUGACUUCAGUCGCUUGAGUCGGUGGUUGGUCCAAGGAGGGUUACUAGAUAUGGGUGGAGUUGUCAUGGGUACAAACUGGUCGAUCGCAUACACGACAAUAUUCGAGAAAAUUGAAGAGGCAGCAUUCGCGUCACGAUCUCGGUUCAUCGUCCCAGCUGAUGUUUUCGAAAAAGGUUGCCAUUCCCUCGAAGUCAGUCCUACGGUAGUCAUACGAUACGCUGUCCACGGUAACCUGAAAAGUGCAAGCCUGAUAGAAGUGUAAUGAUAACUGCAGAGGUGAAUGAUGUCUACAACGUUUAACUAGUGGUUCGGGUGCCUCUUGAACCGAGCAAUUAGAGGCGAGUUCACGGCUAAGGAAACAUAGAUCAAGCAGUCUAUGAUUUUAAUUGGAGAUCCCGUUCCGUUGUAGAUUAGCAGUAUUGUAGCAAUCUAGGAGAUAUGCUACUAGAGGUGUAAUGUAUGAGCCAUUAAAGCGAGGAUGAAAGAACCCUGUUUCACUCGAUGACCAGUUGACUGAAGCAAGAUUGAAAUUACCAAUAACAAGGAAAGCGCAUUCAUCUUGGAUACAACCCAAAAAAGUGAAUCAGGUGGAUGAAGUAACUGAGUGUUAAAAGUAGAACGAACUGCUAGCAAGACACCACCGCCGGAAGCUUUGGGGCUAGGAGCUCGAGAACUAUCAGUGCGGUAGACCGUAAAAUCCGAACUAACUAUUUGCUUUGAAAGUGUGUUGUUGUUCAACAAAGUUUCGGUGAAGGUGUACAUAUCGUAACAAGCAUUCGAGCAGGCCAAUUUGUACUAAGCUACAGUUGUAUUCAUGCCUCCAACGUUUGGGUAAUACAUCAAUAUUUCAGCUCCCUGAAUUAUGGAUGCGUUACGGUUGUCAUUUGAGUCAUCAUGGUGGGGAAAGACUGAAAUUGUCGAGGGACUAUGUACGGAUGUGUAGUGAUCAUUUCCCGCUUCGGCAGGACAUAUACUGUUCGUGCAAUUACCUGAGAAACCAAGCUCAGCGACUUGAGCAUUGCAAUCAGAGUCAUCCUGGUGAGAAUCGGCUGAAACUGCGAAAGGACUUUUAACGGUAGUGUAGUGAUCAUUUCCUGCUUCGGCAGGACAUAUACAAUUUGCUCAGUAGCUGAUUGCUACUUCCGAAGACGAGGCUCGAAUGGGGCAACGCUGACAAAACUGGGCCAGAAUCCAUUUUUGGUAACGGUGUUAGUGAAAAUUGGGUUAUCCAAAACUAGUACUAUGAAGGAUACAAAGCUCAAAGGAGUAAUUAAGAAACACACAAAUAAUACAGUGUUAAACCAGACACUGCUUAACAUAGUCUAUUUACUUAAAUGUUAUAUAUGUUGCACGAUAUUAGGGGCGUAUCACUGGCGUCUUCGGCUAGAUAUACCAGUUACCUGGCUGAGAGCUGGUGUUCUACCAGACCGCAGACCUGAUGAUCAAACACAGAGACUGCCUGGACAGUCCAUAUACCUAACAAAGAAUCCCGUAUACGGUGCAUGUCUGAUCAGCGAACCCGAUUUUAACGGAGCCGGAGAUCUUCGAGAACUGACAGAGAUCUGAUAGGCAGCAGAUGAUACCAGGGGUGAUGGACGUUUGGUCAGCAAACCCGGUUAAAACGCAGUCACAGAUGUUCGAAAACUGGAACCAUGUGUUACACAAACAUUAGGGGCAAGACAUAUAGCAGUCUACCUGACAGGGAGCAGGUGUUGUACAAGACCUCAUACAUUGUGAUGAAACCCAGAGACGUUGAAUGUCGGGACAGACCGUAGACCUAACAGAGAAUCAAACAAUAUAUUUUAAUAAAAUACAUUUUAAUUAAUUAAAAAAUCUCAAAACAAUAUAUCUCUGAGAUAUUUUGAGGAAUUAAAGUCUAUUUGAUGUAAACUUGGAAUAAUUGAUAACAUUUUGCGUUCACUUGCGCAUUUAUUAUUAUUAUUAUUUUCCUUGAUUUGUUUUUCGUCGAUCUUGUUUUCCGUGCUGACCACCAAUGCUACCGCGCCUGGAACCUACCUAUCGACCCACCAACUCAUGAACCGGGGACCAACUGCUUUACUUCCCUUCCGAAGGAAGGCUAGACCAGAGAUUUUAUGCCUCAAAACAUCCCGGCGGCGCCAACUGGGAUUGAAUCCAGGCCUGCUGGGGUGAGAGGCAAUCACGCUUAUUACCACUACACCACUGCCACUACACCACUACCACUACACCACCGGCGCUAUACGCAUUUUUUUAGAAAAUGAUUCAGAAAAUAAUGUAUUUUUUUUUCAGAUUGUAUGUGAUCUAUAUUUUCAGUAUUCUAAAAAUAAUAGCAGUGAUCUGGAAAGAUUGGAUUGAUCAGUACAGAUUAAGGAGAAAUUAUGAAAGUAUUCUUUUGAACGAUUAUUCAGACUAUAAUACUAAACAUGUGAAUUUCAGAUAAAUUUUAUAAAACUUCGUGUAUCUCAGUUGAUUGAAGAUAUACAGUUUUUAUGUCUUGGGCGUUUUUUAUAAAAUUCUACGUUCUACAACUUUGCCGAAGACAGGAAACCUUUACUUUGUGAAACGUUUUUUUGUAUCGCUGUGCCAUCUUUGCGGCCGAAAUUUGAACUAUUUUUAAAUACCAAAUUGUAGUUCUAAUUAAUCCAAGAAACUUCACUGAAGACGUCAAUUGGAUUCAACCCAGAGCGAUAUUAUUUUUUCCUGCUCGAUUUGUUUUGUUCCCUUUGUUCGGGACCAAACACCACUGCAACCAGUAAUUUGAUCUAUUGUAGUAUAUCCUGUGUCCUUAGUUUAGUGCAUGUCAUAUUACUCCAUCACUAUUGAGAAAUGACGAAGUAUUCGAUUUUUUUUACAGUGGUCAUUAUUGCAUUUAUCGCAAGGAUCCGACCAUCCGACUCUAAUUUAAAGGUCCCGCUAUUUAUGCCCUUCGGAGUGUUGAAACACCCUCAAAAGGCGCAACCCUUUGUCAAAAUUAAAUUCCUUAGCAACAAAAUUAAGGAAUGACACCGAUAAUGACCAUGCAUCAGAACCCUAGUCUUAAGCACUUCAAACUAGACAACAAUGAAUAGAACAUUAGGGAUCAUAUAGAUAAAUUAACUAACUUAUUUUUUCCUUAUUUCAUGAUCAUCCUUGGUGGACAGAGCCGUGUCUUUUCACUAUCAACAAGGCAUAAAAAGUAACAAGGACUAAGAUGUGUUCCUUUGAUUACAGAAAAAUCCUGUUCCCCUUGUUCGAAGUAGUGAGCACUAGGAAUCGGUGGUAGAUCUAACAUCCCACAACGUAUCACAAAAAGUUGUUCUAACGGGUGUUCAAUAAAAAAUAAAAAAAAAUUCAGUCAUAUACCUAGUAAAAAAAAUUGUUUCAACGAAUUCAGUAUUUUUUAUUAAAAACAAUGUUUAUUCUUCAAAAAAACGCCAAUGAAUAUUGGAGAAGGGGCCCUGGUCAGCCGUACGACGCAACUUAGUCGCGAUGCUCUCACAAGAGCGCUGGACGGCACUGAAAUCAUUCUCAUUUUUUAUUGAAAACCCGUUACCCACGUUACUUUACUGCUAGAUUUAAUUCCAGGCUCACUGUGCCGUGGAAUCGGUUGACUUGCACCCUCAGUGGGAAUAGAUUUCUUUGAAGAUGAUACACAAUGAUAACUAGCUUUUUUGUUAUUGUUAUUGUAAUUACUCAGCUCACACCCUGGUCGACUAUCGCCCGCCCAUCUGCACUUAAGCUAGGUAUGAACCUACGGAAAUUUUGGUCGUGACCUAUGCUAGACCGUAUAGCAUAACGACUUUCUUCCACCAGCAGGCCUAAUGCUCCCGUAGGCAGUCCCACUAGCUUCAGAUUUAUAGGGGAUAGUAAGA